CGAUUAACUUGUUAAUAGAAAGCUUUUAUAAAGAAGAACCUGCCACAAAUUAUCAGUUUGCAGAAAGAGGUGUACACCUUAGCACCUCCGGUUAAUAAACAAACAAUUUUUAUAAAAACUAAUUAAAAGUAAAAUUAAAAAAAAAAAAACAACAAAAUGAAGUUUUUCGGAGGUUUGGUUCUACUCGUUUUCGUCUGCUGUGCAAACGGUCAACAGUUCAAAUGUCCCCCAAAAGACGGACAAUACGAAGACCCAGUACAAUGUGACAAAUUCUAUGUAUGCGAAGAAGGAAUCGCAACCCCAAAACUGUGUCCUGAUGGUUUGGUCUACGACCCUCUCAUCCGAAAAAUCAACAAAUGUGAUCAACCCUUCAAUGUUGACUGCGGCGACAGAAUUGAACUUCAACCACCCCAACCAUCACCACCGUAUUGCCCAAGAAGAAACGGUUUCUUCGCCCAUCCCGACCCUAAAGUUUGCAACGUUUUCUUCAACUGUAUCGAAGGUGAACCUACCGAAAGCAAAUGUACAGCUGGAUUGCUUUUCGACGAGUUGACUGGUACCUGUGUAUGGCCCGAUUCCACCCAAAGACAGGGAUGUGAAGACACCAGCACAAGAAAGUUAAAAGAUGGAUUCGAAUGUCCAAAAGAACAUCAGACUGACGCCAAUGGAAACGUGGUAGUUCAUCCAAAAUACGCACACCCUACAGACUGCCAGAGGUUCUACGUAUGUCUUAACGGACAAGAACCACGGGAUCUUGGAUGCCAAGUUGGAGAAGUUUAUAAUGAGGAUUCCCAAAGGUGUGAUGCGCCCGAAAAUGUACCAGGAUGUGAGGACUGGUACAAGGACGAACCAUCGGCAGGAAAACCUGUCAAGAAAUCUAGAAAAUAAGUGAUACUAUUAAUUACUAGCGUAUUUUUAAGUAACCAAUUGUUUUAUAUGCCUACACAUUUACGACAUCAAAAUUGCCUUGUAUUGUUUUCAACUUUUUCUUUUUUUUUUUAUUAUUAUUAUUUAAACGUUAAACGUUGUUGUUCUAGUCUAAUUAAGGGAACGUCCUUCACAUUUUCCAUGAAAAACAAAAAGUGAACAAAACAACGACUACGAUUUCAUAUUAUUUUUAUUCUUAUUAUUGUUUUAUAAAUAUGUUUUUUUACAACGAAUGUAUAUAGGUAGUGAAUAACACAUUUCACACACAGUAAAUGACAAUGUGCCUUUAAUAUGAGUUACAUACAUAUCAGCUAUUGUAUGUUGGAUUUUGUGGAAAUCCAACAAAAUCUGACCUUAUUCCCUGACGUGUAAAAUUCGAUAUAAAGAUAUCAAAAUGAAUCAUACAUAACAAAGAAAA